AUUUGUUCAACUGAUCCUCCUACAUACAUUAUAUAUAAAUAUUCUCUUUGAUCAGUAUACUACUUGCACAUCACAUUGUGCAAUUUCAAGUUACAAUGGUGGUCUUUGCGAGACAUUUCGCGCUAAGUUUAUUUGUUCUUGUCAAUAUAUUUUUCAUUUCCAUCAAUGCUGGUUCUAGCAGUGUGGAUGAGAAAAUCGAGUUACAAAGCUUGAUAGAUAAUUCAACAAUGGUGGACAGGAGAAGGGAAGAAAUUGCUAAUGAAAAGAAUGAGAAUGCCUUUGACGAAAAUCCGGAAAGGGUUGCUUCUAUGGUUGACAUGACCAUUAGGAAUAAUACAGAAAGAAGGAAACUAGGAUUUUUGUCAUGUGGCACUGGGAAUCCAAUUGAUGACUGCUGGAGAUGUGACAGAAACUGGCAGCGUAACCGUAAGCGCCUAGCGGACUGCGCUAUUGGGUUUGGUCGUAACGCUAUUGGUGGACGUGAUGGACGUUACUAUGUCGUUACUGACCCAAAUGACGACGACCCGGUCCACCCAAGACCUGGAACUUUAAGACAUGCUGUCAUUCAAGACCAACCAUUAUGGAUUAUUUUCAAAAGAGAUAUGGUUAUCCAUCUUAAACAAGAACUACUAAUGAACAGUUUUAAAACAAUCGAUGCUCGUGGAGUCAAUGUGCAUAUUGCAAAUGGCGGGUGCAUCACUAUUCAGUAUGUCACAAAUGUGAUCAUUCAUGGUUUGCAUAUUCAUGAUUGUAAACCAACUGGAAAUGCAAUGGUUAGAAGCUCGCCGUCUCAUUAUGGAUGGAGAACAAUGGCUGAUGGUGACGCGAUUUCCAUCUUUGGUUCGAGUCAUAUUUGGGUUGAUCAUAAUUCUCUUUCAAAUUGUGCUGAUGGGCUUGUUGAUGCUAUUAUGGGAUCAACCGCUAUUACUAUUUCUAACAAUUAUUUCACUCACCACAAUGAGGUUAUGUUGUUGGGUCACAGCGACACUUAUGACCGCGACAAGAUUAUGCAAGUGACCAUUGCAUACAACCAUUUCGGUGAGGGUCUUGUCCAAAGAAUGCCAAGGUGUAGGCAUGGGUAUUUCCACGUUGUAAAUAACGACUACACACACUGGGAAAUGUAUGCGAUCGGUGGCAGUGCAGAUCCCACUAUUAACAGCCAAGGCAACAGAUACCUGGCUCCGGUCAAUCCUAAUGCUAAAGAGGUUACUCAUAGAGUACUAACAGCAGGAAGAUGGAGACAUUGGAAUUGGAGAUCAGAAGGUGAUCUCAUGUUGAACGGCGCAUUCUUUACACCAUCUGGUACUGGUGCAGGAGCCAGUUAUGCCCGUGCAUCGAGUCUAAGUGCUAAACCAUCAUCGGUUGUGGCCUCACUUACUUCAGGAUCCGGUGCACUUGUUUGUCGACGAGGCAGACAGUGUUAAAUAGUAAUAAAUAAGAGUAAAUUAAUAUCUCAUCAUUUUAAAUUUUGAGAAAAACCAAUUUUUUUCCCAAACAUUCUCUUUCAUUUUACUAUGUCACUGAACGAAAUACGUGAGAAGUGUACAUUUUUCUGUAUAUCGUUCACACAUUAUCGCCACAUUGGUCUGCUUCAAGCGUGUUUCAAGUCAUCAAAGAAAAAGGCUUGUUAUAGAGGAUGGAAAUUUGAGCAUCCUCUUGCUAUGUAAUUACUGUUUGGCGAAGAAGUCAAGACUAAACCAUUUCGCCUUUCUAUAUCCCUUGUAAAAAUUUAUGUAGUUGUUUACAUAUAAUUCUCUUAAAAUGUAACAAGAGAGAAAGUGAACAGCAUUUUAAGUGUUCUUAGAGAUUGUUGUUUUGUAAGACUUUGUUACUAUAAUGAGACUAUUUUACCAGUUUGAAAA